AUGCACAUAGGAAUUAAGAGUGUAAAUAAAAAUUCAGAAAAGAACUAUUCUAGUAUGACUAGCGAAGAGAGACUUAACCUUAAGAGGAAAAUCAUACAAGAUGCUAUAAAUUUUUCCUAUAAUUUUUCUUAUUCAAAUUUUGUCAAUUACCAGUAUUUGUCUCAGAUGUAUGCUAGCAGUUCAGAUGAACUGACAAAAUUGGAAAAAAUCAUUAGAGAAAUAAAAAUGGACGAUAACAAAAAGAAAGAAAUGAUCAAGAUAGCAAGACAAAAAAUACCUCUGUCUUAUUUUCCGAUUAAUAACAUGUAUAGUGAAGGAGAACUGAAAUACUUCGAGAAUUGUCUCAUGCCUUAUGUUAACAAGCAGGAAGACAUUAAGCAGAUACAAAAAUUUCUCUAUGAUGCGUAUCAAAAUUAUGUUAUUUACAAUAAUAUUUGCGAAUUGUGGACAGAACAAUUGGAUUCACUAAACAAGUUAAUCCUUUUUGAUUCCUACAUUAAUAAACCUCAGAUAGACCCGAUGCACGUGGAAAAACAGGAAAAAAUACACAUUAACAAGAUUGAAAAAAUCAAAAGAAGAAUUCGAAUGCACAUCCAUAAGGAUAACGAAGUCCCUAAUGAAACCAUGGAAAAUAAGCAAUAUUAUGAGACAAAGUCCGGAAGAACAAAAAAGGAAAAUACUAAUUUCGACGAUUGGUUGUAA